AUGCAUUCCUUCGAACUCACCAGCCUCUUCGUCCUUACAACCCUCCUCCGCGUGAGCAUAGCCGGCUAUGUUCUCACCGAUAAUUACGAACGCGAUAAUUUUUUCGACGCCUUUACGCCCUUCACCGAAGCAGAUCCCACCGCCGGCUUCGUGCAAUACGUCGACUAUGCAGCCGCAAUGGAGAACAAGAUGAUAGGUGCCGUCGGCAACUACGGCAACGCCACUUAUAUGGGCGUCGACUACAGCUCCACCUCAGAUACUGGCCGCCAAAGCGUCCGUAUCACCUCUAAGAAGGCUUUUAACAAAGGACUAUUCUUAGCUGAUAUUGCGCAUAUGCCUGGUGGUAUCUGUGGUGUUUGGCCUGCUUUCUGGCUCGUGGGGCCCAACUGGCCGACGAUGGGUGAAAUCGAUAUCAUCGAAGGCGUCAACAGCGCUACGACCAAUACGAUGACACUCCACACUUCCAGCGGCUGCUCCAUCCAGAAGUCAGGCAUGUCCGGCACCGCGAAUUACACGGACUGCGACACCAAUGCACCCGAACAGCCUAAAAAUCAAGGCUGCGGUGUCCUAUCCUCCGACACCUCAAACUUCGGCGCCGGCUUCAACGCCAUCGGCGGCGGCGUCUACGCAACCGAAUGGACCAGCGACGCAAUCUCUAUCUGGUUCUUUCCACGCACGUCAAUCCCGGCAGACAUCACAGCCAGCACCCCCGACACGAGCAAAUGGGGCACCCCCCUCGCGAACUUCGCAGGAAACUCUUGCAACAUAAAUGCGCAUUUCCAGAACAUGAACAUUGUUUUUGAUACUACGUUUUGUGGCGCGUGGGCCGGACAGGUGUGGACUCAGGACUGCAAGGAGAAGGCUGAUACUUGUGAGGCCUACGUCCAGGAGAACGCGAGCGUGUUUGUGGACGCUUACUGGCUUGUCAACUCCGUGAGGGUCUACCAGGAGGGCAACGGAGGGAGUAGAAAAAGGGGUUUGAAGCGGGAGGUAGGCGAGUAG